CAAGCAUGAAUUUUGUCCAUUAAAAAAUUCGGGUUAAUUUGGAAAUCUAUCAAAUUCUUUUAACUUCUGCGUAAUUGAAUGUAAAAAUUUUGCAGUCGAGUGGAAUGAGAUUCACAAGUGUAGUAAUCUCUUCUUUUUACCAUUACGAGUUGAAUAAAAUGUUUUCACGGAACACUCUCUGCUUUCUGCUCGGAAAAAGUUCUUCCAUGUAUCUGAAAUGUAGUCCAACUCUUGGUUUCCUACAAAAUCCAAAAGGAACCUAGAGGUUUACACCUCCCCAGGAUCCAUCUCGGAAUGGAAAAUGUUUUUCCUACAACGUCAGCAGAAUUUUUUGUUUGUAUUUCCUGUUACCGUGAAGUUUGUUCCUCUGUUGUUCGUUUAUUUCAUCAUUUAGCUGCCUUGAAUGUUAACAUUAAACGAGGUUAUGAAUCUCUUUCCCCUUUUAUAAAUAUAAAAAAAAAGGGGUGGAAAAGAAAUUAUGUGGAUUUCCAGGUUAAUCGAAGACAUGCUAUGUUGAUGAAGAAAUCUGUAGUAGAAGGAUGAAGGCCAAAUAAAAAUGUUAAUUUUGGUAUUGAUUUAAAUAAAAUUUCGAGUGCAUUUCUCUGUUUUGAAAGAGCACCAGUGAAUGAAAAGAAAAUGGAUUUUCAGGUCAUCCUGGCGGACUUAAACACGAAAUUACCAUGUUUGCAACAUAUUCUACGACCCGAGUACGCACCGUAUCUAAAUACAGCUGGUACAGUGCUGUUAGGGUGGCUAAUUAUCUCUUGGAUAUCUUAUCUUGUUUGGAUGUUGUUCGCCCCCUUGACGGUGACUGUUAUCGCCAUAAUCCUUAUCAGCCCGAUGACAGCGAAAUGGUGCCUUAAACAAACGGUCCCGGGUCUCGAAACCAUUUUCAACGAGUUUGCGGAGAAGUUUCAGACUGUUCUAUCACGAGUACGUGGUUAAUCAAACUCCAAUGAGAUAACAUUCAAGUUCGUAUCACUUAAAACGUUAUUCCAUCGUUAUACGAUUAAGAAUACAAUGGUCCGAAUGUAAUUAGCAAUCUCUGUAUAUAGUUAUUAUCAGAAACCAUGUUUAAAUUAAAGCAAAAAUUUAAAGUGUAUAAUGGUUGUACUAUUCUGUAUAAUUAAUACACCAGAUAUAUAAAAAAUAGCUAAUGACCGCAGGGUAAGAAGUUUGGUCAUGGGAGUAGUGUUACGGGCUCCCAUAAAAAUGACCAGGGUUCAAAUCCCCGUUCGUUGAUGCUAAGAUUUUUUCACCAAUAUUUCACGUUUUUCUCACCAUAUUCUUGUCAGAUUCAACAAAAUUUAUUGAAUUGGUGAAAUGCAAAAAUUUCACCAAUAUUUUCAGAUGUUUUUCUCACUAUAUAUCCAUCAGAAUCGCAAAAUGGGAAUAAAAAUAACAAAAAUUUCCAGGGAUAUCUCAGAAGCAGUAAAAGUUACACUAGAAUAAUUCAAAAAAAACAUAAAAAUCUGCCGAUAUUCCACCAAAUAAUUUCAAUGAUUUCCCCACUGAAUUCACCAAUUCUGAAUAAAAGAUAACCAAAAUAUAACAGAUUAAAAAACUAGAAAAUUACUAAAAUGUUUCCAAUAAAGUAAAAUCUGGUGAUGUGUGGCUAAUGAUAAAUAAUGUAGGUGAAAGUUGUUAAAACGGAAAAUUGCACGUGCGAAAUAUUCCAUGUGGAAAUUUAUGUUAUGAAACAACAUAAUAUACAUGUACAGAGAACGAUGAGAGGCGUAAAUUGAAUUUCUUGU